AUGAUAGUUUAUAUUGUAUCUAUUUUAAGUAUUAUUUUUGUAAUUGGCUUUAUAGGGUUCUCUUCUAAGCCAUCUCCUAUUUAUGGAGGGGUUGGGUUGAUUGUAAGUGGUGGGGUUGGUUGUGGUAUUGUUGUGAGUUUUGGUGGAUCGUUUUUAGGACUGAUAGUAUUUUUGAUCUAUCUGGGGGGAAUGUUAGUAGUUUUUGGGUAUACAACGGCUAUAGCUACAGAACAGUAUCCUGAGGCUUGAGUCUCUAAUGUAGUAGUGCUUGGGUCCUUUAUUGUAGGUUUGAUUAUAGAAUUUUUGUUAGUAUUAUAUGUUCUGUUUGUUGAGAAGUUGGAAGUGAUUUUUGAGUUUAGUGAAAUCGGAGAUUGAGCGGUUUAUGAUGUGGGUGAUUUUGGAGUGUUUACUAAAGAAUCUAUAGGAGUUGCUGCAUUAUAUAGUUAUGGUAAUUGAUUAGUAGUUGUUACUGGUUGGUCUUUGCUUAUUGGUGUAGUGAUUAUUUUAGAAAUUACGCGUGGAAAUUAA